UCUUGCCCCUUCGGGAGACAGAGCAAGGUCACUAUGUUUAUAUCCCUUUUACUACCAGUGACUUAUACAAUUGGAAACAUCAGAAUCCUUCUUUUUCAGAGAAACCCCAAGCUCGAAUCUCUCUCCUGGAGUCUAUUUUUCAUACCCAUGAUCCUACUUGGGAUGAUUGUCAACAACUCCUCCAGGCCCUUUUUACCUCAGAGGAGAGGGAAAGAAUCCGGGGACAAGCUUUAAGGUUCAACUCCAAGACCCUGGAACCCCACUGGAAGGGAACAUUUCCCGUCGUCCUGGUGACUCCCUCAGCCGUGAAGGUAGCUGGUCACUCUGCUUGGAUCCACCACAGCCAUUUAAAGGCGGCACCUCCUGAGGAAGGGGCGUCAACAUGGCAGGUCGACGGGAACAAAGGGGACCCCCCUCAAGAUAAGAUUGAUCAAAAACUAGUUUGGACAAUAUGGGGGCUCAUGGGGUUGCUGUUCUUACCAGCCCCGAUGGAAGGGGGAUCUGCACACCAGCCGGUGCUGUCCAGCCACCCUCCCCAGAACUGGACCUGGUCCCUAAAAAAAUGCCUUAAUGGGAGCUCACAAUGCCACCAUUACUACUGAUAGACAGGCCCAUUUUGUUGUAGACCCGUGUGAUCUGGGGCUUUCAAUCAUGGGGGGGGGCUGGUUCAAAUGAUAGGGUUUCAUCCGGAAAAAUGGGUACGGCGUGGAGGGAAGUGUGAAACAGAUGAUAAUUUGGAAAGAAACCUCCAAGAUAUAGCUAUUUAUGCCUGCCCCAUAGGAAAAGAUAAAAGGUGUGAUGGGGGACCAGGAAACCACUGUUAUUAUUGGGGUUGCAAAUCUAUUGCCCCAUGGAAAACCGGUGGUGAAAAUGAUGAGUAUUUGGCCUUAAAACGACAAACACCAAGCAGUUCAUGUACCGUGGGAAAAUGUAAUCUCAUCAAGUUAACCUUAAAACAAUGGCAAAAUCCGUAUAAAGAUUGGGAAAAAGGAAAAUCCUGGACGGUGGCACUCAAUGCGGGUGAAAAAGACCCUAUGACUGACCUCAUUAUCCAGCAUAGCCCAGUAAUAUUACCGCCUAAACCAGUGGGCAACAUUUAUAGGGUCUCUGGCCCCCAAAAGAAAAAGGCCAAAAGAACUCAUAAUGUGACAUUAGCUGCUCCUGAAUCUCUGAUCCAGCCAUACCUAAAAACCCUUAAUGCCAUGUAUACCUUGUUAAAUAGGUCUGACUACAGUGUUACCCAAGGAUGUUGGAUGUGUUUGAGUCCACGUCCCCCGUAUUAUGUAGGGGUGGCAGUAGAUGGCACCUACUCAGAAGUUAACCAAGAUGAGUGUGAUUGGAAACAACAGAGGUUGUCAAUAGGGGAUAUAACGGAAAAAGGGUUAUGUGUUAAAAAUCCAAGUGUUACAUCCUCUUAUCUGGACAGCGUAUGCUCUUAUCAAACACCCACUGCCAGUAAUGAAAAAUAUCUAAAAGCUGGAAACAAUGCAUGGUGGGCGUGCACAAAUGGUAUAACUCCUUGUUUGUGCAUGACAGUCCUUAAUCAGGAACUUGAGGUAUUCGUAAUGGUCCACAUUUUGCCCCAAGUAACUAUAUUUGGAGAAGACCAGGGUUGGGAAUACCUAGCUAAGAAGACACACACCCGAGAAAAGCGCCACCCAGCUUUGAUUCCCGUAUUAACUGCAGCAGGCAUUGCGGGAUCAGCGGCUCUGGGCACGACAGCAAAAGGACUGCAAGACUCUAACUUCAAGACCCUUGCCCAGCAGGUAAAAAUAGACUUAGGCCUGCUUACCGAGUCAGUGCCUCAUUUAGAAAAACAGGUUGAUUCUCUGGCUGAGAUGGUCCUUCAAAAUCGCCGAGGACUCAACCUUGGGUUUAUGAAAGAGGGAGGGCUAUGUGCAGCCCUAGGAGAACAAUGUUGCUAUUACGCUAAUAAAUCUGGAAUAAUAAGAGAAACCCUGGCCACUGUAAAUAAACACCUACAAGAAAAGUAUGAUAGAUUAGAAAAACGGGAGGGAUGGUCCCAGUCAAUGUUUAACUGGUCUCCCUGGUUGACUACUCUUGUUUCUGCCCUUGCUGGACCCGUUAAUCUUGCUACUAGCUUUGACUUUCGGCCCAUGCAUUAUUAAUAAACUUAUGGCCUAUGUAAGGGCCCAGGUGGGAUCUGUUCACCUAAUGGUUUUAAACCAACAGGCUAGAUACAACCCAGUGCCACUAGAAGAAGAAAGCCGCGCGUAGGAUUACUUACUGUGCUAAAAUCAGUGGGGAAUGUGAGAGUGAAUAAAAGUUACUCCAUUUUGUAAUAAGGCCCCAUCUUGUCUGUUUCUGUUACACUUCACCAUGGGGACGUCGAGUUCCCAGAAUGUGCUUGUUGCUGUUCCAAGGAAACUGCAAGUUAGCCUUAUGCCUGUUAUGUAAAGUUUGGUUGCUAGACUACCCCAACCGCCAACAUCUCGCUUCUGUACUUUUGCUUGCAAAGUUCCCUCUUGCGACCCCUAUA